AUGCUCACUGAUUUGGGUAUUGUGAGGUGUUCGGGCAUCGGGGCCUCACAUGAAGGUCAAUCACUUCAAUCUACACACUGCCUGGUUUUUCCCACCUGGUGUUUUUGGUUGGGAGGCAGAUUACGGCUGGCCACGACUGCUGCGCAAGGCAGGUCCCAGGCCGCCUGCGGCCUGCUCUUCCGGGAGCUUUGGUCAGAUGCACUGGGCAGCUUUCCCGUGCCACGAGGAUGCUGGCUUGAGGAUGUGGGUGCCAACGGCGAGACGGGUCAGCAAGAGCUCUCCAUCUUGUUCGAGCGCUUCUCUGGGCUGCGAAACCGAUGCGGCACCAGCUCUUGCACCUACCAAUUGGUGUUGGAUGCAGUGGCGGUGAACCUGAUCCCACUGGAAGAGGUCUUGGACCUGGAUGUAGCUUGCUUCUAUGCUGAUGGAGGCUGUGCGAAGCGCUACCAGGUGUACGAGCGAGCAAGCGUCGAGCUGCGCGAGGGAGGUACCGAAGCGGCUCCCAUCGCCAGCUCCGGGCUGAAUCUUGAGCUCCAGAACGCCGACAGUGAAAGGGUACAGCACCUCGUGGCUGGGGCCGUAAAUCUGACCCUGAGCCUCUCGGCAUCGAACCUGCCUGGCAUCGAGCAGGGCAGCUACCUCCGCCUGUAUCUCCUGCCCAUCACACAAUGGAGUUUGCCCAUUGGCGCCUGCAGCUCCUCUUGUGCCGCUUCUCCGGGCUAUGACUGUGGGAUCCCUGACUGCUUGGUGGAGCAACUGCUUCCCAUGGUCUUCCGGAGCUACCUGGAGCGCUACAUGGUCCUGCGCGUGCAGCUGCCCGCGACGAUGGACACUGCCGUAGGCAACAUCGUGCACACGCUUUCCAUCUUGAGCCUGCCGAAUCCGACCACAGAUCUUUUUCCGAUGCAGCUCCCAGCUCAGCUGACCAACAGUGACGAUGCAGAGCCGCAGUACCUUCCAAACAUUGGCUAUCUCUCCUACCUCUCAGAAGGGAGCCCAUCGUCCCUGGCGCGCAUACUGCAAACUGGGCGUGAGGGCUCGGGACCUCGACCGUUCGUCGGCCAGCGGAACAUGCUCUACGUUCAGAUAGGCUUCGGUGCGACUACUGGGGGAGUCACCACGCUCGAGUUGCAUCCUCCUGCUGGGUUGGCAUGCCAAGUCCUCGAAGCGGGCCACGUGCCUCAUGAGUUGGACAAUAGCACGGCGCUGGUCAGUGAGCUACCGCUGGCUGGGGGCGAGACGGCUCCCUUUGACGAUGACGUGCAGACUCUAUUUCUGCUGGACCGGAACCUUGACGGCUUCCCCGACUUCGUUCGAGGAGAGUUGGGUACUUCCGGGGAGGGCUCUUGGCUGACGUCUAUGGGAAUGACACACUGCCAGUACACGUUUGCAGCUGGCCAAAAGAUGCAUGCCGGGCAGCGCGUUUUCUUCACUCUGCAAACGUUGAACCCACUGGAGCCCAUGACGCAGCUUUCUGCCUCUAAUCACUGGGAAGCGCGGCUAUCAAGCGCGGGUGAGCAGCUGUCGAGCACUACAUAUAGCCUCGCCUGGAACUUCAGUGCGUCAGCGGAUCCCAUGGAGUCAGACCUUUGGGUUUCGAAUGUUGCUGUUUUGGAGAAGCUGUCUGCAACAAUGCAACCAACCGUUUUCACGGUCAGCAGCCAGAACAUCCUGAACGUUUUCAUAUCCUUGGUCCAAGACCUGGGCCCCAGCGGCACCAUCGUGAUCGAUGCGCCUGUGGGCUUCGACUUCAGGGGUUGCGUCCCCAGUCAUUUGAACGACCUGAUCUACAGCACUGAGGGCUUGCCAGGACGAACUGUGCCGCUACCGGCCCUGGGGAACUGCAGUGCUGCGCAGACACCCCGGCAGAGAAGUUCAGGUGCAAGCCGGAACCGAGCUUUGCUUUCGGUCUCUGGGUGGCUUCUUGCGGAUCGGAACUACGGCUUCGGCAUAACCGUGGUCAAUGCAGCCAGCGAGAGCGACGUGGGCUUCUUCAUCUGGACGCUGGACUCUGCUGGGACGGCCUUGGAAGGCUCAGAGGGUCCAGCCGCAUUCCAAGAGGGCGAUGCCUCAAGCUGGCAUUUGUACCAGGAUCAUGGCGUGGCGCCUGUGCUCUUCGUGGAGAGUGGUUACCUACGUCCAUUCUCGGUGUUUGGCGUUCCGGAGACUUUGGUGGUCCAGGGGGUGCCUGGCUCUGCAUCUUCGCUGGCCCUCCAAGGGCCAGCCAACGUGCACUUCCUACGGCCCGGCCUGGAGACGGAGUCUCUGCUUGGAGUCGUCAGCGCGUCGGACCGGAAGCUUACAUGGGAGUCGCUCCAGCUCCAGCCGAACAAGACCUACUCGUUCCAGGUCUCCUUCGAGGUCGAACUUCCAGAGCCUCACUUUUCGACCCCCAGCUUCUACCUUGAGCUGAACUUCAAUGAGCCACUACCGAGACGCUUCGGUGUCGCAGCCCUGGCUUUGCCGCCUUUGCGUGCUGUGCUGGGAGCCGGAGUGGAGUGCAGCUCUCGCUGGCCGGGCGACGCCUCCAACACAAUCACUUUCCGCUUCCGUUUGGCCUCUCCUUUGGCCGCUGGCGACAGCGCUCUUGUCAUCCAGGCAGACGCAUUUGGUCCGCGGCUCUUCUGUCCACUGCUGUCGGAGCUGCGAGCAUCUGAGUUCGGCUUCGGUGUAACACGGGCUCUGCCUUCUGACACUGCUUGUGAAGCUGGAGCACUUGGGCUCGGCGGCCUUCCCGCUUGGCGCCUGCUUCCUCGCCAGGGCAUCGAAGCGGGUAGCUACGCACUCAGCGGACAAGGUUCGAACCCACUCGCUCCGAUCGGCUUCGCCGUGAACUGGACCAUCCGCAUGUACCGCAACGUGUCAGGAGAGUUCUGGACUGGAGCCGUUCUCGCUGCUCCGGGCCUUGCUCCUGGAUGUUUGCUCCUUUCGAAGCUGCCCUUCGCUGCGAUCCUGGGGGCAUCCUCCUUUGACGCACGGCCGCGGCGCCCGAAUCAGGUGGUCCUGGCUUUCCAGUUGCCCGAGGCCGAGGCAGUGCCCAGCACCACGCUCCGAGUGCGCAUGCCUGUGGGCUACAAGGUGAAUGCUGACUGCCUUGGGGACGUUGUCCCGGCCAACUUACUACGAUCGGCUGGCAACUACAGUGUGGUGGCGCCGAUCAGCCGCUGCCUGGGAUCUGCGCAAGCGGAGCUCGUGCUGCCUGAGGGCCUGUUGCCGGCCACCUAUGCCUUCGGUCUCGCCGUUCAGAAUGCGGCGACCCAGCCGGCCAUGAACUGGUGGAGCUUGGAACUGGAUGUCUUUGCUUCGAGUGCGCUUCAAGGGUACCCUUUGGCAGAGAUUCGCUUUCCGCUCCCGCUCGAGCCCAGCAACACAGCUGCUGGACUCGGCCAGGAUGCUCCUGUUAAAGUCUGCUUCGUCUUGCAGACCCCGCUGAGCAACUCCUCCACUUUGCUGCUCACAGCGCCCCCAGAUUACCGGCUCGGGAACGUCACACAGCUUCUUGGCACCGCGCCUGUGGCAGUGAAGGUCACUGCGACCGGCAAUGUGGCAAACAUUACCAUCGUCGAACCGAGCCUUGCGGCCGGGCUCACGUACUGUCUGUCCAUUUAUGUCUUGAACCCGGCUGGAAUACCCGCAAGCAUGCGAGACUGGAUGCUGCAAUCCUUUGACCCCGACGGUGGUCUUGUGGACGAAGGUUUCGUGGAGGAGUACCAGAUGCAUCCUGCGGCUGCCCUGGCAAUUGUCAACAUUGACCAACAGCCUUACAGCGAUCGUGCAGUGACGGCACGGGUCGCCGCCAGCUUGCCAGCUCCGGUGCGCUUUGGAGAUUCGCUGGUUGUGCAGGGGCUCUUCGGUUUCCGGGAGGCCCGUCGUCCCAGGAAGUCGGGGACACCCUGCGUGGCGAGCGUGCUGUCGGCUCGGCUGAGCGCUGAGGGCUCUGGGCCGGGCCUGGUAGCUGCCGGCGACGGGGACCCCUCGCUCUUCCGGCUGCGAUGUGGGCCCGACUACCUCCGCUAUGGGGCCAAGGCCACGCCAGGCCCGGCGCUCUACCGAUGCUUCGGUGCAGAGGUCUUGGAGGCAGCUUGCCAACUUCGCAGCUGCACCGAAGGCCUGCCCCUGCCUUCUCGGGUCGAGAACCGGCUGGGCCUCCCGCAGAUCAUCGUGGUGAAUUUUCAGCUGCCCUUUGAAGCCGGUCCUCUGAGAGGGCCUCACCCACCCCAAGAUCAUGGCUGCAGCGUGGUGCUGGUGUUCAAGCUGAAGGAGUCGGCAGAAGACUGCCCUGCUGCCCGACUCCUGGCCAGGUUUUUGGGGGAGGAGGGCCAUCCUCGACCCGAAGGAUUUUCACAGAGCAGUUGCCUGAAAGUGGUGGGCAUCCUUGAAAACUUGGAGGAGCUGGGCAUACCCUCUGUCCUGAGGCCCAUAGUUCGGAAGUUCAAUGGCAAGCCCGUCCUGAUCGAAAAGGAGAGUGCUCGCUACGGCGACCUCUCCUGCGGCUUUUUAGAGCUCGCCGUAGACGUGCGGGGUUUCAAUGCCGUGGCACGGAACCUGCUGCGAAGGCUCCGCAGUCGGCUUCCGCAGUCGACAAUGCAGCUUGGCCUGCUUGUACAGGGUGUAGAAGACAAGGAGCUGCCAGAGGGAUUCCUCGGUGUGGCACGACUCCAGGGGCUGGAUCUCGGCCGCGGCCGCGCAGUUGCUGCUGCCGACGAAGCAUGGCCGACGCGCUACCUCCAAAGUGAGGCGCCCGAUGGCUUCCUGCUGCCCGGUUGCCCGGUGGACUGGCUCCGCUUCGUGUCCUCGGCGCCGGAGCCUUCGCCGAGGUGCGCAUGCAACUUCGGUCCUUGCACUGUCACGCUACCCUUCCUUUCCUCGGGCUGGCAGAUGGAACUCGAGCUCGGCGGCAUCGCCUACGCCGCCAGUCGGGAGCUGUCGAUCACCAUCGCGACGAGGAAUCCUAUGAGCAACCCACCGCCAGAAUUCUCAUACUGGCGGCUGUCUCAUCAGGGCCCAACGGCAACGGAUGGAUCCACAUCCCCGCUCACAAGGGCAACUGCUGUCGCGCCAGGCUGGGUGAUUCUGCCAGAGCUGCGGCGGGUUUUCGUGGAACUCGUGGGGUCGAACCAGGCUGCUGGUGCCAUCUCUGACCUACGCCUCGCGUUUGUUCCGGAAAGCCCAGCGAUCGCGGCUCGGCUGGUCGCAGAAUCCCCGCCGGAUGUCUCAUUCGAUGGUGCAGAGGUCCGAGCUCCUGCCUCGAAAGGCCUGGGGACGGCUGGCCCCGUCCUUGUCCUCAGCGGCUUGGGCCUUGUGGUGGGUGUGGAGGCAUCAGUGUUCGUCACCUCAGUGCAGCUUGGUCGGGGCGGAGGACAGACCGUCUUUACGCUGCAGACUUUCAGCACCCCCACACUGUCGCUCUUGGCGGACGAGCGCUUGAACUUCCCCGGCUACUUUCAAGCUGGGAACGUCCUGGUGGAGGGAAGCCUCCGGGGCGGCCACGUGAGCUCCUCGAAUCCCCUGCUGCAGAAUCUGCCGCCGCGGGCUCUGGAAGUGGCGGUGGUCGUCCUGCGCCUUGUCUUCUCCUUGGCUGUUGUGGUGGGGGACACGCUGAUUGUGACCUGCCGCGGCACUGGAGCGUAUCGUCUCUUGGUGGAUGAGGUGUUGGCCAUGCGAGUGCUUGGCUUCGAAGUUUCUGGGGGUGCGGGACUUCUGCUGCCGCUCCUCGCCGCCAACCGGGGCGACCACGAGAUCGUUUUGCAGUUCCUAGGCAUGGAAGGCCUGAACUCGACUCAGAUCCAGUCGGCACAGUUCGCAGAGCUCACCUUCCAGGCCCUCCCAAGCUUCGGGGUGAACACCUGGAAGAUCGCCAGCUACAGCCAGGGAGCCGUCAGUAACACCAACGAUGGCAGCUUUGCUGGCUUUCAGCCCGUGCUCCAGCUCGCCGUGGAGUUGGCACCCGAGCGCUCCCCGCCCAACGCGCUCAUUGCGGUAAACCUUCAGGUGUCUGCCGACUUAAACCCCGUGGCGACGCAGCUCACACUUGUCGCGCCUCCGGGCUUCUCCUUCCCCACACUUUGCGGAGAGCUUUGCUCCUCUUUUGGGGAGUUCUUCGCUGGGACCAGCCGCCCUGUUGCGAAUCUCUUGACCACGGCGGCCGUGGGCUUAUUGGAUCAGCAGCUGGUCUUCAACAUCCAAACGCCGCUCCGCACGCCGCAGGUCCUCACUUGGCUGGUGCAGGCGUUUGAUCCAGCUGGCAACCUCCUGGGCUGGGGGCAGGCAGAUGGCUUCAAGGUGAAUCAGAUGCGCGAUGCUCAAGUCCUCUACGGCGGUGUACCAGGCCUCCAGAACGCGCAGCUCGCCUUCGUCUUCACACUGGAGACCCCCUCCGCGGAGGGAACUUUUAGGAUCCUGGAGGUUGUCGCUCCGUCGGAGAUCUCGCUGUCCUGCGACCGACUGGAGCAUUUAACGCUUCCAGAUGCGGUGUGUGCUGAGCAGGGCCCCGGCUUCGCGCGACUGGAGUUGGAGGAGUCGUUGCAGCCAGGAACCUUUUCCUUCACCGUCACGGGCGAGCUUCCAAGCCAGACCCCACAGCAGAAUGUCUUCUCCAUCGUCAUCCGGCGGUCACCAAGUGAGCAUGUAGUGGAUGCUGCCUUUGACUUCGUUGGCUGGCAGAUCCGAGACGUGUCGAUCUCCCAGCCAGUCCUGGCGUGGUCUACAGCCAGCUUUCAGGAGAUAUCCACUGUUACCAUCUCCUUUACAGUGCAACUGGCCACCAUUGCGCUCCGAGCCAUGCUAAUUGGUUUGCCUCCUGGCUUUCAGCACCGCGUCCGAAGCGUGGAGGAGUUCAAGGUCUCCAAUCAGCGAUUGCCGCUGCUUAAGGGAUCGACGGACUGGCUGGAUGUGUCAGUGUUGGACCGCAUCCUCAUCUCCCUUGAGCCCGAGGAUCCUGCAGUGGACGUUGGGACCUACAUGUUCUCGUUUCCGGUGGAGAUGCCGGCGGUUGCAGAGCUUCCCUCUGUGAAUCUUUGGCAGCUGAGCUUCUGCAGCAGCCGCUAUUGUGUUCACCCCAAGGACGAGGCGAGCCCACAUGCGGUCAGAAUUGAGCCUAUACUCUAUACGCAGAGUCUUAGGAGGACAGGCGCUUGGGUUAAGAUCCGCUCCAGGGCCAAGCUUUGCCUCGCCAAGUGA